UUUUUUUUUAGUGAAAACUGUAUGAAAAUCCAUUGUUUUGAUCGGAUCAAACAAACCAGAUCUCAAUGCUGAAGUGAAUGAUCUGAGAAGUCAGACGUUUCGGUUUCUUCUUGUUAGUUUCCUUAAAACUACAAUCUUCCGCGUCUCUCGUUAUGGCCGCGCCGUUUUUCUCAACGCCUUUUCAACCAUAUGUUUACCAGAGUCCACAAGAUGCUGUAAUACCUUUCCAGAUUUUAGGUGGUGAAGCUCAGGUUGUGCAGAUAAUGUUGAACCCACAAGAGAAGGUUAUUGCAAGGCCUGGUUCCAUGUGCUUCAUGUCUGGGUCUGUCGAAAUGGAAAAUGUUUACAUCCCUGAAAAUGAAGUGGGCAUGUGGCAGUGGCUUUUUGGCAAGAGCGUGACUAGUGUAGUUUUCCGCAAUCCUGGUACAAGUGAUGGAUUUGUUGGAAUUGCUGCACCUUCUCUUGCAAGGAUUCUACCGAUUGAUUUAGCAAUGUUUGGAGGAGAGCUUUUAUGCCAGCCAGAUGCAUUUUUGUGCUCUGUCAAUGAUGUGAAAGUCAAUAAUACGGUUGAUCAGAGGCCAAGAAAUGUUGUCACUGGUGUAGAGGGUUUUCUGAGACAGAAGCUAACCGGCCAGGGGCUUGCAUUUAUUCUCGCUGGUGGAUCUGUUGUGCAGAAAAAUCUUGAAGUGGGCGAGAUACUAACUGUUGAUGUGUCUUGCAUUGUGGCCCUCACUGCCUCAGUCAAUGUCCAAAUUAAAUACAAUGGACCCAUGCGAAGGGUGGUCUUUGGGGGUGACAAUUUGGUGACAGCUGUUCUAACGGGACCAGGCAUCGUCUUCAUCCAGAGUUUGCCUUUUCACAGAUUUUCUCAGCGCAUUGCUAGGGCAGUUACAUCACCAAACAUGAGGGAAAAUCCAAAGUUCUUCGUUCAAAUAGCCAUUUUCUUUUUUCUUGCCUAUGUUGUGAUUGUAUCUUCAUUAAUCUUGACUGAUGUAUGAGCUUUGUUUAAACUUUCAGAAACCCGUAGAAUAUUUCUUCUUUGUCAUCUAUU